UACCGCUCGAUCGUCUGGAAUCGCCGCGUUUGUAAAAAUGGCGGAUAAUAUUUGUUAACGUGAAAGAAAUUUUAAAACAAUUCGUAAAAUCGUAUUAUAAUGGAUCUGCCGAAGCCACCUUCAGAUCAAGAAUUACGCAACAUAAUUGAUAAGUUGGCUCAGUUUGUUGCUAGGAAUGGACCUGAAUUUGAGCAUAUGACAAAACAAAAGCAACGUGAUAAUCCUAAAUUUGCAUUUCUAUUUGGUGGUGAAUAUUUUAAUUAUUAUCAGUACAGAGUUACAACAGAGCAAGCAAUGUGUUUCAUCCCACUGAUGGGUAAAGAUGUGCCCCAACAUGCUUCAACUAAGUCGAUCCUGUCUGACCAAUGUUCAAGUGUUGCCAAGAUGAGUGGUAAUUUCAUCUCUCCAUCUUUUAUUUACAUUAUGAUUUAUAUUGUUUGUAGUUUAAAGAUAAAAAAAGAAAAAAAUACUAAAAUCUGUCCAAAAUGGAAAUCUUCCAAACCAGAAAAUUGUACAAUUCCAGUUUACGCAGUGUGUUUCAUCCCACUGAUGGGUAAAGAUGUGCCCCAACAUGCUUCAACUAAGUCGAUCCUGUCUGACCAAUGUUCAAGUGUUGCCAAGAUGAGUGUCUUAAAACAGAAACAAAGGACAUUAGAACAACAAGCAAUUGUUCAACAUGCAAUAACACAACAAUCAAUUCAGUCUGCACCAUGGCAGCAAGUUCAACAACAACAGCAACAGCAGCAACAACAGCAACAGCAACAACAGCAGCAACAACAAUCUCAGCCACCUCCUCAACAGCAUUUACAACAACAAAUUCAAGAUAUUCAGGAACAAAUUCGUCAGAGUGAACUAAACUUGCAUGCUCAGCAUCAAGUUCUUCUGCAGCAACAACAAGUACAGGUUGAUGAAGCAAUACGAAUGGCUCAAGAUGAAAAAUUGCAAAAACUUGCAAAUGAAUGCGAAAUUGAUUUAACUGAAUUGGAUAAAGUUUUACAGCCAAUAAUUGAAACUUGUACAAAGGAUGCAAUUUCGGCUGGAAAAGGAUGGAUUUUCAAUCAUUCAUCAUCUUAUAAGCAUAAUGAUGUAAUUGCACAGUAUCUUCUAAAAAGGAUAAUAACCCCAGGAGCUUCAUUUGAAUUUAAACUUCAUUUAAUUUAUCUUAUUAAUGAUGUUCUUCAUCAUUGCACUAGAAAGGGAGCAGAAGAUUUGAAGAAAGCCCUAGAAACAAUUGUUGUUCCUAUAUUUUGUACAACAAGCAUGGGCAUAGAUGAAGAGAAAAGACUUAAGUUAACAAAAUUGUUGAAGCUGUGGGAAACACACAAUUAUUUCAAUCAAAAUAUACUUGAGCAAUUACAAAAUCCAGCAGCAUCAUUAGCUAAUUAUCAGGCAAGUCUUAUCACUGAGCAUGCCAAUAAUAUAACACCAAUUACAACUGCCAUCCAGAAUCAGUUUGCUCAGUUACAGAAACAGCAUCAGGAUUUCAUUGCACAUCUUACAUCACAAUUACAGCAAAUACAAGCAAGUCUUAUCACUGAGCAUGCCAAUAAUAUAACACCAAUUACAACUGCCAUCCAGAAUCAGUUUGCUCAGUUACAGAAACAGCAUCAGGAUUUCAUUGCACAUCUUACAUCACAAUUACAGCAAAUACAAGCAAGUCUUAUCACUGAGCAUGCCAAUAAUAUAACACCAAUUACAACUGCCAUCCAGAAUCAGUUUGCUCAGUUACAGAAACAGCAUCAGGAUUUCAUUGCACAUCUUACAUCACAAUUACAGCAAAUACAACAAAUCCCAUAUCAAUUCCCAUCACAGAGUCAGGUUCCACCAAUGGCAGGACAACAACAACAGCAACCUCCAUAUAUGGUACAACAGCAACCACCUCAACAGCAACAGCAGCAGCCACAACAACAACAACAACAACAACAAAAUCAACCUCAGCAACCAGCUCAGCAGCAGCAUCAUCCAAUUCCAACAAUACAAACUUCUAGUCAUCAGUAUGGACAGUUACCUUCAGAAGAUCAGCAACAUACAUCAGGACCACCACCUCAAGCACCACCAUCUCAACAGUUACCAUCAGGUCAAGGAUCAACGCCAGCAAUGCCACAAAAUAUUCCAAUGUCUUCAAAUAACACUCUUGUACAUCCAGGUGGUAUGGUUACACCUCCAUUUAAUAAUCAAGUACAACCACCACCUACAUCUCAUCAAGGCCAUAUGACAAAUGGUCCACCACCACCUCAGUUUGGAGGUCCACAUUAUCCUCCUCCUCCAAAUUUCAACCAACCUCCACCUACAUAUAUACAUCCACCACCAAAUUUUGGUCAAAUACCACAACAUUUUUCACAGCCUCCACCACAAAAUUUUACUCAACCACAUAGUAGUAUGGCUCCAAAUUUGACAACAGUAAAUAUUGUUGAUAUGGCACAACCUAUCCAAAAUUACCAUCCAUUAAAUAAUGAUGUACCAUUAUCACAACCAAUUCCUUUAGAUUCCAAAGAUACUCUUCAACCUUCUGUGCCAUAUUAUGAUUUGCCUGCUGGAUUAAUGGUUCCUAUUAUUAAGCUUGAGGAAUGUGACUAUGUUCCAUUAGAGCCUGAUGAUAUUCGGUUACCACCUCCAGCACCACCAAGUGAACGUCUUCUGGCAGCUGUUGAAUUAUUUUAUAGUCCUCCAAGUCAUGAAAGACCACGUAACAGUAGUGAAGGUUGGGAACAAUUAGGACUUUAUGAAUUUUUUAAAGCUAAAGCCCAAGCUAGAAAGAAACGACAAGAGUUUACAGAAAUAAGUGAAGAGGACAGUCAAGAAUCGUCUUAUAAAUGUGAUUUUGGACCUACACAUUCACCGUCCCCGUCUCCCCCGCCUCCUGCAGUUAUGUUUCAAAAUAGAUCAAAGUCACCACAGAGGAGGAGAUAUCGAGAAAGUAAAAGUCCUCCACCAAGAAUGAUGAAAGAUCGUAGCAGAAGCAAAAGUCGCAGUCGUAGUCAUAGUAGGGGUAGAAGUCGUUCCAAAUCAAGGUCUAGAUCGCGAUCUCGUACGCCACCGUUAAGACAUAGAUCAAGAUCUAGGUCGAGAUCAAGAUCCAAAUCCAGAUCCAAGUCUCAUUCUCCACCUAGAGCAGAACAUUUAUCGCCUCCACAUCGAAGGUCGCCCGAAAGAAGCCCUACUCCUCCGUCAUUCUUUGGUUCGACAUAUGCUAACAAUACGCUUGACCGAAGACUUGAUGAAUCCAAUAAAGGACAUCAAAUUCUUAGAAAAAUGGGUUGGGGUGGAGCAGGACUCGGAGCAUGUGAGCAAGGAAUACAGGAUCCAAUAAAUGCCGGAGAAGUGAGAGACAGGCAGGAUCUGUACAAAGGAGUUGGAGUAAAUCUGAACGAUCCUUACGAAAGUUUCCGGAAGAGUAAAGGCCAAGCAUUUAUUAAUAGAAUGAAAGCUAGAGCAGAAGAAUCAGGCAAAAUGUAGUUUUAUUUUUAAAUUUCCUUCAUUUUAAAAUCAUUGAAGUGUAUGAAACAUCUCCAGAAUACAUUAAAAUGACAAAUAAAUCGAUUAGCAGAGUUUUUCUUGUUAAUAAAAUUCAUGAAAAUUUCU